AUGAAAAUAGCCGUAAAGAAUGGAGCCAAGCAGAGGAAAACUAUCUGCAAGGGAUUUAUAAUAUACUUGUAUUAAUACCUAUAAUAUAAAAUUCUGUAAGCUUCUAUUCUGUAGACCCUAAUAGUAAAUUACUAAUAGGAAAUCCUCUAGCUGUAGAAGUUCCUGAAUUCUUAGAAUAAAAAUAUUAUAACCCUACAAACUAUAACUGGUUUUAAGCUUCAUCAUAAGAAAUAGACUAAAGCUAGGGUCUCUUUAUUUUCAAUUAACCAGUAUGGUACAAUGAUAUUUUAACACCUUUGUGCUCUUAAAUAAUAAAUAAAAGUAACAAUAUAUUUUUAAUAUAAUAUUAUCAAUAUCUAAAUUUUAUAUUACCCAAUUAACUUAGGCUAAGCCUAGACGUCUAUAGCUUGUACUAAUUUAUAUCUUAAUAAAUACCUUUCAUAGAUCUAAAAUGGUUCCAAAGAUACAUAUCUUUCUAAGGUUUAUUCUUAUCUAAUUUAUCCAAACACAAGGUAAGUGAUUGCAGUAACAGGUUAUUAAGAAAAUAAUUUGGAAACAGUAGAUUCCUUCGAGUUUGGUUCAAAUUAUUUGGACUCUAACGAAUAUUAGAAUUUUUAUGAUUAGACAAGCUUUAUUACAACAAACAGCAAAUAUAUUUAUAAAAAUAAUGACUAUUGUACUUAUAAGCAAAGAGAAGAGCCAAAAACAAUAGAAUUUAUUGAUGAAAACAAUGAUGCUCAUAUUUUAGUUAUUAGCAGUAUAUUCCUGUGUGAAAAAAACUAUUAAAAUAAGUAUAAUCUAAUAAGAGUUUCGUAUAUUGGAACUGCAAUCAAUAAAAGCUUACUAAAUGACUUUGUUCUCGAAAAAACAACAAAUAUGUCAAUAAACUAAGAGAUAAGUCUGCUAAUUUCAAUAAUUCUUUUAUUUGGAACUGUGCUUUUUAUCUUUUUUAUUGGUUUCUAUAUCACUUAAUAGAUAUUGGAGCCAAUAGAAAACUUCACAAAAGGAUUGAAAAUAUUAGAUGCAGAGUCAAUUAAGAUAUUGUAUAAAAAAGUAUAAAAUUAGCAUGAAGAAAAUUUAAAAGCUGAAGUAUAUGAGCCCUUAACUGCUUAUCAUAAUCUUAUAUCGCUUAUUAGUGAAGGUAAUUAGCUAUAUUCUGAAGGAAAAACAGAAGAGGCAUUUGAACUUUUCAAAAAAAGUUAAUAAAUUUAUAAUUACCUUGGAAAUUAUGAAGGUUGCAGCAUUUGUUUACAUAACUAAGGAGUUAUUAUGAUAAAUUAAAAUAAAUUACCUGAGGGCAUGUAACUGAUUAAAUAAAGUCUAGAUCUUUGCUGGGAAGAAAGAUUCCAAUUUUAGUAAAAGUAUCUAAGCUAGGGAAUUUCUGAAGAAGAGAUACUCACAGAUGAACGCUAUUACCAUAUUUUAAUUACCAUUUGUAGAAGAACAUUUACAUUAAUUGAGGCUAAUUUAAUCUUAAUCAGAUAAUUCUAAAUGGGAAACCGACUCUAAAAAGUUAAUGCUUAAACUAUCAUCGAGCUUAUAAAUGAUAUUAUCGAUAUUCAAAAUGUAUUAUGCAAAUUUGGAAAAGUAACAAGCAUCCUAAUUUAUGCAAAAAUAUAACUAUCUUAUUUUUACUACUUACAAGAUGAUUUAGAUAAAUCCUAGUCAAUAUGCAAUUUUGCCGAAGAAGCAUAUGAUGGGUACUUCCCAAAGCUAAGCUAUAAUUUAGUCAAUAGCUUUCCUUUAUGUGUAUUACACUAAGCACUAUUGGUAUAAAAAGGAUUGAUUUAAGAAAAAUUAGGUAAUCUAUAUCAAGCAGCACAGCUCUUCACCAUUUCUAUUGAAGAAGUUGAAGAGUAUAAGCCUGAUCUUAAAUAAGAAGCUCUUCUUGGUUUACAAAGAAUUUUGUCGAAAAUUGAUUUAUAAAAUCCUUAUAUUAAUUACUUCUUGUCUGCUUUUUAAGAAUCUGUUAAAGAGGUGUACUUUUUAAUUGAUCUGAGUCUUGGCUAUUUUAAUUAGGUUAUUUAAAUGAGAGAGAGGAUAAUCAAACUUCUUUGUGAUCCAGAAGAUAGAAUAUCCUAAAUCUCGUUGUCAACUAAACUACAAAUUAAUUUUCUCAAAAUUUCUACCAGUGAUGAUUACAUUAGGUAAAGAUCAAUCGAACCAUUUGAUUUUAAUGUAUCAUAUUUUUAAGAAGGCUUAAAAAGCAUUUACUAAAAGAUUUAAUAAAGCACAGAGUAUAUAAAUUAAGUACCUAAUAAUGAUUUUGAAACAUUUUACCGUGGUAAAAGUAUAAAUUUUCUGAAGCAUCCUAAUUUAAAUAUGAAAUAAAUAAUGAUUAUUUUUACUGAUUUAUCUAAAUUCAUCCUCAAUGAAAUAAAUGAUCAAGAUUUAAAAGACCUAAGUGAAAACUUUACUAUAAUUUUAAUAGAUGUUAGUCACGACUAUGUAAAUACAGACUAAAUGUUUAACAAAAUAGUAUUGUCUGAAAAUCUUAACUACUAUCAUUACUUCAGUUUUAAUAGUAUUAAUAACACUCUUAUAGAAUAGUGGAGAUAUCUCACAUAAGAGCAAAAUACAAACUUUAAAUUCAGUAUGGAAUUUUUCUAAUGA